CAGUAAUGCAAAAGCGUCGCGAUCUCUGCGGACUAUAAAUAGACUUGCUCACCAGUUUCUCACGUCUUGCAAACUAAACCACGAACCGAAUCGACAGGCCUACUAGGUAUAGCUAGAAAACGAAUUUUUACUGCAGAAAUGGAAGGCAUCAAGAAGAAACUGCAAGCUCUAAGAGGAGAAGUGGAAGAAGCCAGUACUAGAGAGGCAGAGGCAAAGGAAGAAGCCGCAAAGGCUCGCCAGGAAGCGGACCGCCUCCAGGAGGAGAAGGAGGACGUGCAGCGGAAGCUCGUCAUCUUGCAGGAUGACUUGGAGAAAAGCGAAGCUCGUGCCGACGAGUACCGCAAGGAGGCCGAGGAGAAAGCUAGUGCUCUUGAUGAGACAGAGAGGUUGCUGAGAAAACUGACAACAAACAAAGAUGUCGAUUCAGAUGAAAAAGAGAUUCUCAUAGAGGAGAUCAGAGCCAAGACAGACAGAGCCGUAGAGCUUGAGAAGCUGGUUGAAGAGUUGAAUGGACGGAUAAAGUUACUGGAGGGAGAUUUGGAGUCAGCAGAGGACAGGAACGAUGAGCAGAGUCGGAAGGUCGGUUCUCUGGAGAAGGAGCUAACAGAGCCACAAACUCACUGAAGGAAAGGGUUGUCAGUGAUGAAAGGUCCAAGAAGGCAGAAGACGAUCUCGAGGACAAAGUGAGGGACCUAAAGAGCAAGUCCUCCGAGCAGGAAACACAGCUGGAAGAGUACAAACACAGGGUCACCCAACUCGAACGCGAGAAAGACCAGCUGGAAGAGGACCUAGAUGCCGCUGAACAGAGGUGUGAGGGGGCCAAGAAGGAGCUAGAAUCGACACUGUCUGAGCUGAGCGACAUUUAGCUUCGCCAAACCUUCCGAUUGAGAAUAGUCUGUGAAACUUUUUUUUUGUUAGUUUUGCUACACUCAAUGAUUUGUAAAACUAUAUUCACCGGUUCAAAUUGUGUUUUAGUCUCUUUUAGAUUACUUUUUCAU